AUGAAGACCUUCUUGCUCAUAAGGCCAAUCCUGACCUGGGUGAGGAUGACCUGGCCCGAGAAUGGCCCAAACCCGUCCAUCCGGUCAAUCUUCCAGAUGAUUCACCACGACGUGGCCUACGCGGCUUGGCUUUCCGUCAACAUUCGGCUAUCACCCGAGGUUCUUCACUUUGAAUGGCGCGAGCCCGACGAACUCUAUGUGCCGGGCGACUUUGAGAUCCCCGAUCCAGGAGUACUGCCAAUACCAUCCAACGCCUUACUGAGCCCGACGUCUCAUGGGUUUGUCGCUUCGACGAGUCGAUUCAGAGAACCGCCGAUAGAGCCACCGUUGUCGAGAGUGCUAAUUUCCUUUGUCCCCGUCGUUCAGAGAAUCUCGCUCGUCGAGGGUGCCAAUGGAGAAGAGCCCAUUGGUAGCCAGAGGAAAAGGUUGUUGGAGUCUCGGACGGCCUACUAUACCCUCUGGCGCCACACGGAUGAGGUCAAUCCAUCGCCGGGCUCGCUUGUCGACCACGCAUGUGAGAUGAGGCGACCCAAACCGACAUACUUCUCUGCGAUCGUCCGUCCAUUAUUCUGGCAGCUUUUGGUGUACACUUUGAUUAUUCAACUCUUGAGAUACAUCUACCAACUGCGGGACGAGUACAUCAAGCGGAGCAAUGAGGGUGGGACGGUCUCUGCGUACGAUCCGUCGUCCGGUCGUGCUGGGACCGAUCAGGGUGUUCAGGAGUUUGGCUUUACCCGGUAG